GUAUUUGACACGUCAAGUAUCUUUUUUUGACAAGCAAAGUCCUAAAUGGCGUUCCAUGUCUAUGCAAGGUGUUGGCAUACGCAGGGGAUUGAGGAUAACGUAGUAGCGAAUUCGAAGGGCAGACUGCAAGGACUGAUGCACACAACGCCAUGUCUUCGCAGUCAGUGACAGUGCCAAGAGAGUUAACUCCAUUCGGUGUCCUGACAACGCCCCAUGGCUGUUAAAAUGGUAACCCUAAGCUACUGAUAGAGCAUCACGCUCCCCCUGUCUAUCUCUGGCUGGUCUCUCUGCCCCCCUCUGACCUGGGGAUGAAUGCACCAAUGAGGAGCCAGCUCACAGGUAUGCCUGAUCGCAUGUUAUGUGCAGUGCUGGAGCAAUUUCAGCUUUACUUUUCCCUUUGAUCCACUCUCUGUAUAGUACGGCCAGCCCCAGCAUGCUGAAGAGGAAGCAGAGCUCGAGGGUUGAGGCCCAGCCCAUGACUGACUUUGGGCCCGACGAAACCCUCGCCGACAGCGCCGACAUCUUCUGGAUCAACAAACCAUGGGUGCAUUCUCUGCUGCGAGCCUGUGCCAUCAUCAGCGUCAUCAGCGUGUGUAUGAACACACCCAAGACGUUCGAGCACUACCCCCCGCUGCAGUACGUGACCUUUACCCUGGACACGCUGCUCAUGUUCCUCUACACCGCCGAGAUGAUCGCCAAGAUGCACAUCAGAGGAAUCAUCAAGGGUGAUAACUCGUACGUCAAGGAUCGCUGGUGUAUGUUUGACGGCUUCAUGGUCUUCUUCCUCUGGGUGUCUCUGGUGCUUCAGGUGUUUGAGAUAGCGGAUGUUGUUGACCAGAUGUCUCCCUGGGGCAUGUUGAGAAUCCCCAGAGCCCUCAUCAUGAUCCGAGCCUUCAGGAUCUACUUCCGCUUCGAGCUGCCACGCUCACGCAUCACCAACAUCCUCAAGCGAUCAGGGGAACAGAUCUGGAGUGUGUCGAUAUUCUUGCUCUUCUUCCUCCUUCUGUAUGGAAUUCUGGGAGUUCAGAUGUUCGGAACGUUCAAUCAUCACUGCGUUACCAACGACACAACGAAUGGUACUGUGACAUGGAACAGCCUGGCCAUCCCCGACACCCACUGUUCGCCAGACGGGGAGGGCUACCUGUGUCCUUUGGGCUUCAAGUGUGUGGACUUGGAAGAACUGGGGCUCAGCAGACAGGAGCUGGGCUACAGCGGCUUCAACGAGCUCGGUACGAGUAUCUUCACCGUGUACGAGGCAGCCUCUCAGGAGGGCUGGGUGUUCCUUAUGUACAGAGCCAUCGACAGUUUCCCUCGCUGGCGCUCCUACUUCUACUUCAUCACGCUCAUCUUCUUCCUGGCCUGGCUUGUCAAGAAUGUUUUCAUUGCGGUCAUCAUUGAAACGUUUGCUGAGAUCAGAGUUCAGUUCCAGCAGAUGUGGGGGUCCCGAAGCAGCACCACCUCUACUGCUACCACACAGAUGUUCCACGAGGACUCGGCUGGAGGAUGGCAGCUUGUUGCUGUGGACGUCAACAAACCACAUGGCCGCGCACCAGCCUGCCUCCAGCAACUGAUGCGCUCCUCCAUCUUCCACAUGUUUAUUCUGACUAUGGUUGCCGUAGACGUAAUCGUUGCCGCUAGCAACUACUACAAGGGCGAGAACCACCAAAGGCACUAUGACGAGUUCUACCUGGCUGAGGUUGCCUUUACAGUGCUGUUUGACCUGGAGGCUAUGCUUAAGGUCUGGUGCCUGGGCUUCACGGGCUACAUCAUCUCCUCUCUACACAAGUUUGAGUUGCUGCUGGUGGUGGGGACCACCCUGCACAUCUACCCUGACCUCUACCACUCCCAGUUCACCUACUUCCAGGUACUGCGAGUGGUGCGUCUGAUAAAGAUCUCCCCGGCACUAGAGGACUUUGUGUACAAGAUCUUUGGUCCCGGUAAGAAGCUGGGCAGCUUGGUGGUGUUCACAGCGAGCCUGCUCAUAGUCAUGUCAGCCAUCAGUCUACAGAUGUUCUGCUUCGUGGAGGAACUGGACCGAUUCACCACCUUUCCCAGAGCAUUCAUGUCUAUGUUCCAGAUCUUAACCCAGGAGGGUUGGGUGGACGUGAUGGACCAAACUCUUGUGGCCGUCGGUCAAAUGUGGGCUCCCGUAGUGGCGAUCUACUUCAUCCUCUACCAUCUGUUCGCUACUCUGAUUCUGCUCAGUCUUUUCGUGGCCGUCAUCCUUGACAAUCUAGAGUUGGACGAAGACCUGAAGAAACUCAAACAACUGAAGCAAAGUGAGGCGAACGCAGAUACCAAAGAGAAGCUGCCCCUACGUCUAAGGAUCUUUGAGAAGUUUCCUAAUCGGCCCCAGAUGGUCAAGAUCUCCAAGCUGCCUUCUGAUUUCACUGUGCCCAGAAUCAGGGAGAGUUUCAUGAAGCAGUUCAUCGAUCGGCAGCAGCAGGACACCAGCUGUCUGUUCCGCCGUCUCCCUUCUGCAUCCUCCUCUUCCUGUGACCAUUCCAAGCGAUCCGCCAUAGAAGACAACAAAUACAUCGACCAGAAGCUCCGCAGGUCAAUAUUCAGCAUCAGAGCUCGCAACCUCCUGGAGAAGGAAACUACGAUCAAUAAAAUUCUCCGGGCUUGUACCAGACAGCGUAUGCUGAGUGGAUCCUUCGAGGGCCAACCACUGAAAGAGCGCUCCAUCCUCAGUGUCCAACACCAUAUACGCCAAGAACGCAGGUCUCUGAGACAUGGCUCCACUAGUCAGAGGAUCAGCAGAGGAAAGUCCCUGGAGACACUCACACAAGAUCAAGAGUCAGAGCAGAGAUCACACUGGCACCCGCAUUCCAGCACAGUGCGUUAUCGUAACGCCCAGCGAGAAGAUAGUGAGAUCAAGAUGAUCCAGGAGAAAAAGGAGCAGGCCGAGAUGAAGCGGAAGGUCCAGGAAGAAGAACUGAGGGAGAACCAUCCUUACUUUGACAAACCUCUCUUCAUUGUCGGGAGAGAGCACCGCUUCAGAAACUUCUGUAGGACUGUAGUGCGGGCACGCUUCAAUGCAUCCAAAACAGAUCCUGUAACAGGAGCGGUGAACUCCAAAUACCACCAGCUUUAUGAUCUCCUGGGGCUGGUUACCUAUCUGGACUGGGUGAUGAUCGUAGUGACCAUCUGCUCCUGUAUUUCCAUGAUGUUUGAGUCUCCUUUCACCAGGGUCAUGCAUGUACCCACUCUACAGUUUCAGAUAGGAGAGUAUGUCUUUGUCAUCUUCAUGAGUAUCGAGCUGAACCUGAAGAUCAUGGCGGACGGCCUGUUCUUUACUCCCACGGCCGUCAUCAGAGACUUCGGAGGAGUCAUGGACAUCUUCAUCUACCUCUGUAGUCUGAUCUUCCUGUGUUGGCUGCCUCCUAACGUGCCGCCGGAGUCUGGGGCUCAGCUGUUGAUGAUGCUGAGGUGUCUUCGCCCCCUACGCAUCUUUAAACUGGUGCCCCAGAUGAGGAAGGUGGUGCGGGAGGUCAUCAAGGGCUUCAAGGAGAUUUUCCUGGUCUCCAUCCUGCUCCUGACACUAAUGCUGGUGUUUGCAAGCUUCGGCGUCCAGCUCUUUGCUGGAAAACUAGCCAAGUGCAAUGACCCCCACGUAUUCCUUCGGGAGGACUGCCAUGGAAUCUUCCGGAUCAACGUGAGUGUGUCUAAAAACCUCAAUCUCAAACUAAGACCAGGAGAGAAGAAGCCUGGCUUCUGGGUGCCAAGAGUGUGGGCCAACCCUCGCAACUUUAAUUUUGACAAUGUGGGUAAUGCCAUGCUGGCUUUGUUUGAGGUCCUGUCACUCAAAGGCUGGGUGGAGGUCCGUGAUGUCAUCAUUCACCGCGUCGGACCGAUCCACGGUAUCUACAUCCACGUGUUUGUCUUUCUGGGCUGUAUGAUUGGACUCACUCUGUUUGUCGGAGUGGUCAUCGCUAACUUCAAUGAGAACAAGGGUACUGCUCUGUUGACAGUGGACCAGAGGAGAUGGGAGGACCUGAAGAGUCGACUGAAGAUUGCCCAGCCUCUCCACCUCCCCCCACGCCCAGAGAAUGCAGGGUUCCGUGCCAAGAUGUAUGACAUCACUCAGCACCCCUUCUUCAAACGGGGUAUCGCUGUGCUGGUUUUGGCCCAGUCAGUGCUGCUGUCUGUCAAGUGGGACGUAGAUGACCCGGUAACAAUGCCACUUGCUACCAUGUCAGUGGUCUUCACCAUUAUCUUUGUGUUAGAGGUGACGAUGAAGUUCAUAGCUAUGUCCCCGGCGGGGUACUGGCAGAGCAGACGGAACCGCUACGAUUUACUGGUGACAAUACUGGGAGUCAUCUGGAUAAUCUUGCACUUUGCUCUACUGAAUGCAUAUACUUACAUGAUGGGCACCUGUGUGAUCGUCUUCAGGUUCUUCACCAUCUGUGGGAAGCAUGUGACUCUGAAGAUGCUACUGCUGACAGUCGUGGUCAGUAUGUAUAAAAGCUUCUUCAUCAUCGUGGGAAUGUUCCUCCUCCUCCUCUGCUACGCCUUCGCUGGAGUCGUCCUAUUCGGAACCGUCAAAUACGGAGAGAACAUCAACAGGCAUGCUAACUUCUCCACGGCAGGCAAGGCCAUCACGGUUCUGUUCCGUAUUGUCACUGGGGAAGACUGGAAUAAGAUCAUGCAUGACUGCAUGGUGCAGCCUCCGUUCUGCACCCCCGAUAAGCAUCGCUACUGGGAGACGGACUGUGGGAACUACGCAGGGGCACUCAUCUACUUUUGCUCCUUCUAUGUCAUCAUUGCUUACAUCAUGCUCAACCUCCUCGUGGCCAUCAUCGUGGAGAACUUCUCUCUCUUCUACUCCACUGAGGAGGACCAGCUACUGAGCUACAACGACCUCCGACACUUUCAGAUUAUCUGGAACAAUGUGGAUGACAAGAGAGAGGGAGUGAUCCCAACAUCGCGGGUGAAGUUCCUGCUGCGUCUGCUGAGGGGCAGGCUGGAGGUCGACCUGGAUAAGGACAAGCUGCUGUUCAAACACAUGUGCUAUGAGAUGGAGAGGCUGCACAACGGAGGGGACGUCACCUUCCACGACGUGCUCAGUAUGUUGUCAUACCGCUCAGUGGAUAUUAGGAAGUCUCUACAGCUGGAGGAGCUGCUGGCUAGAGAGCAGCUGGAGUACACCAUAGAAGAAGAGGUGGCCAAGCAGACCAUACGCAUGUGGCUCAAGAAGUGCCUCAAACGCAUCCGUGCUAAGCAGCAGCAGUCGUGCAGCAUCAUCCACAGCCUGAGAGAGAGCCAGCAGCAGGAGCUCAGUCGCUUCCUCAACCCCCCCAGCAUACAGACCACCCUGCCUAGUGAGGACAUCAACGCUAACCAGGACCAUUCAACACAGCCAGAGUUGAGUGGUCUCCAACAGAUGCUGAGUCCUACUCUGUCAGACCGUGGGGGAUACAGACAGGACUCCUCAGAACGCCCUCAGAGGAAACUGGGACAGUGGAGACUACCUGCAGGUCGUACCAGUGUCAAGUCCAUGGUGUGUAAGAUGAACCCUGUGAGUGACGAAGCCUCCUCGGGGUCAGAGGUCAAGAAAUGGUGGACGCGUCAGCUGACCGUUGAGAGUGACGAGAGUGGUGAUGACCUCAUAGAUAUUUAAAGGGGAAACUCAGAAGAUUCAACCACGCUCACAUAUCGAACGAGAACUAGGAUAGACAACUAUAGCUCAGAGCACUCGGUGUCAAUACAGUACUCUGGUGGUUGAAACUUUUCUUGAAAUGUUUUUUUCAAGCAUAUCCCAUUCAUACUUGACUGAUCGGGGAAGUAACAGUGUGGACAUCCUCCUCACAAGUCUCUCCAUCAGCAGCCAUCUUACAUCUGCGGGACGUUAGGAUCAUUUUUUUUUUCUCAAAAUGACGGCUUGUGGACACAGGAAAAUGUCUCUUGGUUUGCAGUUAAGGCCAUUUCAAGAACGUUGAUUGUUAGAAACAACGCUUUAGCUGUUUGGUUUAAAGGCUGUAUAUGAAUGUACAAAGCCAAUCCCAUGACACCAUUAAUUCCUAUGUGAAGACUCAAUAGCCCAUUUGAAGCCAAAAAAGUUAGUUAAGAUGGCGUCUAAAGAAGACAUAACAUACGCAGUUUGAGCUACUCCAGGAAGUGACAUUGCAGGCUAGCUCAGUGCUUCCCCCUCUCAUUGAGUAUCUCAGGUUAAAGUCCGACCGGGGUACUGCAGGCUGCAAUUUGCAACUAAAUCGAGGCAACAAUAAACGAAUGAUGCAGCGUCCCCCUUGGGCCAAUCCGUGUAAUUUUGUAAAUGAUGGAUCUGUAUGGCAAGUCUCAUCAUUCACCCAAGUUUCAUCAAAAUCGGGCAAGUGGUAUCUGAGAUUUUGUGUGUGACUAAUGCACGUACAGUUGAUUACUAUAGUGCACCCUUUGGCCAAUCAGUGUAAUUUUGGAAAUGGCGAAUCUAUGUAGCAAGACGCAUCAUUCACCCAAGUUUAGUCAAACUCGGGCCAGUGGUGUCUGAUAAAUCGUAUGGGUAAGCUAGACUCAUAUCCCUGAGCAUGGGUGCCAAAUUGAAUCACUUAGUCAAACAGAUCAAGCGAUAUCAACAUGUACCUGUUAUUGCAACACCGUGUAGUCGAUAUGAUUGUUCUUGCAUAUGUUGAGUUUAAACAGUGUUUGCAACAUGUGUACCAAAUAUUGUUACGAUACGGAUAUCCUUAACUGAUUUAAAUGCAUUUAUGUGCCAGACCACGCCCGUGUGAAUGUUUAUUGGUCAAUAGCGGCUGCGAUGUUUUAGGUACUAGUCUGGAAAGGAAUGCGUUGAGAGACCUUUUCCCAACGAUACCACAUAUCAAGUUUCGUGCAGAUCGGUCAUUCGAUGCCAGAGGAGUAGCGUUUGAAGAUCAUGUUUCGUGCAGAUCGGUCAUUCGGUGCCAGAGGAGUAGCGUUUUAUGUUUCUUUCCACAAAAUUCUAAAUUGAGGAAAAUCCGUCACGGCAGACCUUAUGGCUCCCUGAGGCAAAUUUUUUCCUUGUGAGGAGAGGGACCUAUGUCCCGAAUUUCCUGACUUUAGGUCAAAUGGGGUUAGCGGUGUGACCAUUCAAAGAUGGCAUUUUCAAUUGCCUGUUAUAGCGCCACCAUCUGGCCAAUCAGUGUAAUUUUGUAAAUUACUGAUCUCUAUGGCAAGACGCAUCAUUCAAUAAAUUUUGUCCAAAUCUAGCCAGUGCUGUUUGCGUGUAACAAACAUACUAACAGACAGAGACAGAUCCAGAUUCCUCCCUUCCCGAUUUCAUCGUGGGGGUCAUUUGUCCUUAUAACUUCUUCUGUGUGCGAUUUUAAAAACAAUUGGUUCAAAGGACACACAUCUGGUGUAAUAGAAGCAAUUUUUGGUACCAUGAUUGUCUUCACAAAGAUUGCACUUUUCCCAUUCACUGUAAGUGGAGAUCCUGUUUUCUGCAAACAAUGCCUGCAGUAUCGCUGUCGGCCUUGAACUUUGUGGCUUCAAUGUGAGGGGGGCAGUCGUUCUCCCCUGGUUUGGUGGCUCACAAGAACAUCAAAAAGGGUCAAUGCCUCAAUGCAAAGUUUUGGAACCACUGAUUUUAGAGUCCCAUUGACAUCUGUACUUUUCCACGUUGAAGUUUUUCUAUGCAGGGAGUUUUUAUAGGGUCCAUUAAACAGAACCUCUGUGGUACCCUGUCACAACAACCUUUGAUUAGCAUCACUGUCCUUUUAGUUGUGAAUGUCAGGGAUUGUUUAUCGGGAAAUACAAAAUGAGAGUCAUAUAAAUGAUCAAGUCUACAAGCUACAGGACAUGGUGUCAUCUUGCUAUUAUAUCGUCGUGAGAGAUUAUUUUAUUACAACAUAGCUAUACAAUACCACACCAAAACAAUGGAUACAUAUUAAUUGUAUUUUGUUGCUAAUUUAAUUGAUGAAAUAUGAUGAUUGAAAUGCUUGAACUUUAUAGCUAUAAUUCAUUGUGAUUCUCCUGUUGUCUUUGGGAAUUGUGCCUGUGUCUCUCCCAGUCUCCAGUGUUUCAUUGUACACUUACUGUCACUUUGCUUAUAACCACUUAAUUCUAUUCGAAUCCUGGUUUCUUGUUCUGUCGUAGAACAACCCAAAUGAAAAUAGUUAUAAUUAAAGGGUGAAAGGAAAUAUGUUGGUACAUGAGUGUGAAUGUUCUUUCAGAUUCAAUUAAUUUAUGUGUGGAAUUGUGUGGGCAAAAAUAUCUGAUAUAUUUUAUUAACUAUAGCAUAUAAAUCCAUUUUGGUUUGUUUGUACAGUAUUGCAUAAUUUCAAAUAAAGGCCUUUUGGCACCAACAGUGAGCUCCAAAA